AUGAUUAAUUCUCGAGCCUUCACAAAGUGGAAUCAAUACUCCAUCGAUCAACCAUUCUGGUUCUUUGAUUUAUUAUGCUCUUCUUUUUUCUGCAAUAAUUUCAAUUUUCCUAUACAAUGUAUCACAUUCAGUAUAAAUCAUAACUUUUUGACCAGGAAUAACAAGACAAUUCCUUCUUAUCAAACUGACGACUUUACAUGCAUAUCAGGAUGUCAGUUAAAAUUGAUUUGGAGGCUAUUUUUAUCGCUUUUGAUUGGUUUUAUUCCUCCAUUAUCUGGACAAAAUGCCUUUGGAAAAAAUCUUGCCAUUCCACUACACAUAGCAUAUUGUUCACGAAACGCAUAUAAACUAGGAAAUUGGGUAUCUAUUUCAAACAAGAAAAACGUCGAUAUUUCAUCGAAUUUCGACGAGCUUUACAUUUCGUGUCACGGUAAUAAUUCAGAAAACAUUCAAGGAACUUUGCUACCAUUUGUCAAAGAAAAGAAUAAUUUUAAUAUUCACAUUAUUUUACAUCUUAAUCCUGAAAAAAAAACGUGUUAUGGAUUAUCCGUUUACCCUGUGAAUACCACUUUUGAUUCAAAUACUUUCUCCGGACAGGUGAAGUUUCUCAUGAAAGAUAAGGACUCAUUUAACAAAACUUUGUUCAUAACCCUACGAAACGAAGGAAGUGUUUCAUUUACUGGACCGAAUUUCCCGGAAAAGAUCAAUUUCAUAAAAGAAGAUUUUAAUACAGAAUCUACUAUUUUACCUAGUUAUGUAACUAAACAUUUUCAAAAAUCUUUUUUACGCAAAUAUUGGAUGGUCGUGUUAGGGUUAUUUGUCCUCAUGCUGAUUCUACCAACUCAACAGGAUGUAUCCUCGUAAAUUUAACUCAACUCUGUAACACUACUAAAAAGUUAUUUUCUUUCACAUUUUUUCUUUCCUCCUUAAGAAAAAAUAUUUUUACUUUGUCAACUCUUAUUUUUUUCUACCAUAAUCCUAAAGAAUGUAUUACGGAGUGCCUUUCAAUGUAAAUUUUAGUGAUAAACGAAAGAAAGGAAGACAAAAUGUCUGUUGCUUUACAAGAGAUAUUUUUAGUUUCUAAUAAAAUGAGUAUCUAUUAAUAAGUAAAAACAAUCACACCAUUUAAUAAGUG